GUUUCCUUUCCAUUUUUUCCUAACAUCGCGGCAUUAAUUUUAUUAUGGCGAAGCCCACCCGGCCAUUUCCCAUAAUAGCAAAAAUCUCUUCUCCCAGUGCUUGGGCCGCCCAGUGGCCAGUAUAUAUCGUUAGUUCGCUACACAUGGCCGUCCCGGGCAAAGAAGCACCGACAACAGUCGACACGAUGGCCAGCCCGUUGCUGUCCCUGGCCACCGCGGCGCUGGCCGUAGCCGUCCUCAUCUCCACGACAGAGGCUUGGCGCGCGACGCCAACGCCGCUGCCAGUGCUGCCGAUCCCGUCGGCGGCGCAGCUGAAAUGGCAGCGCCGCGAGGUGAUCAUGUUCUUCCACUUCGGCAUGAACACCUUCACGGACUCCGAGUGGGGCACGGGGUGGGAGGACCCGUCCCUGUUCUACCCCGCGAGGCUCGACGCCACCCAGUGGAUGGACGCUGCGCGGGCGGCGGGGGCCUCGCUCGCCAUCCUCGUCGCCAAGCACCACGACGGGUUCUGCGUCUGGCCGUCCGAGUACACGGCCCACUCCGUGCGCGCCAGCCCCUGGCGCGGGGGCCGCGGCGACGUGGUGAGGGAAUUCGUGGACGCCGCCCGCGCGCGCGGCGUUGACACCGGGUUGUACCUCUCGCCGUGGGACCGGCACGACGAGCGGUACGGCCAAGAGGUCGCGUACAACGAGUACUAUGAGUCCCAGCUCCACGAGCUCCUCACCGGGUACGGGAGCGUGUCGGAGAUUUGGUUCGACGGCGCCAAGGGCAAGGACGCGACCAAUAUGACGUACCACUUCCAGGAAUGGUUCCAGACGGUGAAGCAGCUGCAGCCCUCCAUCAACAUCUUCUCCGCCGUCGGGCCCGACGUCCGGUGGGUCGGCGACGAGACAGGCGAAGCCGGAACCACCUGUUGGUCCACCGUCAACCGCUCCAUGAUCACCAUAGGCGAAGCCAGCGACGAGAAGUACCUGAACGAGGGCGAUCCGCGGGGGAGCGACUGGGUGCCGCCGGAGUGCGACGUGUCGAUCCGGCCAGGCUGGUUCUGGCACAAGAGCGAGACGGCCAAGCCGCUGCGCCAGCUGCUUGAGAUCUACUACAACUCCGUCGGCCGGAACUGCGUGCUCCUGCUCAACGUGCCGCCCAACUCCACGGGCCUUGUCGAGGACGCCGACAUGGCGCGGCUGCGCGAGUUCGGGGCCGCCGUGGCCACCAUCUUCGGCACGGACCUCGCCGCGGGCAGCGAGGCCAGGGCCAGCAGCGUGCGCGGCGCCGGGUUCGCGGCGCGCAACGUGCUGGACGGCCGCGAGGACACGUACUGGGCGCCGACGGCCGAGGACGGGCGAAGGGACGUUUACUGGAUCGAGCUGCGGCGGCCGCCGGGCGCGCAGGCGCGGCCGUUCAACGUGGUCCGGAUCCAGGAGCACGUGGCGCUGGGGCAGCGCGUGGAGCGGCACGCGGUGUACGUCGACGGCGCGCCCGUGGCCUACGGCACAACAGUGGGGCACAAGCGGCUGCACCGGCUGCCCUGCCCCGUCGCCGGCGGGACGGUGAGGGUCUGGAUCACGGCGCGGCGUGGCCCGCCUCUGCUCUCGGCGGUGGGCCUCCACUACGACCCCUUCGUCGCGGCGGCCACCAUGUGACGUGGCGAGCGCAAGGGACUUAGGCUGUCUCCAGCAACGAACCCUAAAUGGUCCUGUACUCUAAAUUUAGAGGAUGAGACGUCCGCUAUCGGCUCCAGCAGCAACCUGUAAAUGAAACUGUAAAAUAGCGGACGACUUUGACGAGCGCUAAAGCCAGAGCGUACUUGUUCA